AUGCACUCGGCCACUGGCCUCUUCACGAUUCACGCUGACAAGAAGCUGGGUAGCAUCGACCAUGCUCGAGCGCACGAUCGAGCGGGCGGAGUCGUCCAACCGCAAAAGCGGACCUCUUUGCUAAACGCGACAAACGCUGAAGAAGAAGCUUCGGCGGUCUAUACAUAUGCAAGUCCCAUUCCACGCAUAGCAGUAAUGAUAAUAGCUGACAUCUCAACUGCUGAAGCGAAAACACUAAUCAUGGUUAAUCUGACUGUCUCUCUAGAAGUUGUGACAGGUACAUCCGAAAAAAACCAAAAUCUCGACGAACAAAUGAAAAAAGUGCUCGUUGAUUGA